AUGGAAAGACUAGUUGAACGGUUAGAGAAGGCUGUGGAGCGUCUGGAGACAGUGUGCCAAGGACCUGGCAUGUGUGGAGAUGGCUCUUCCAAAGGAGUGGCUCAGUACGUGCAGGCUUUCGAUGCCCUUCUGGCUGGCCCAGUAGCUGAGUACAUCAAGAUCAGCAAAGAAGUUGGUGGGGAUGUGCAGAAGCAUGCUGAGAUGGUUCAUGCGGGCUUGAUGAGCGAGAGGGCUCUUCUGGUGAUGGCGUCUCAACAUCAGCAGCCAACAGAGAAUGCAUUUUCAUCACUUCUGAAACCGAUUUCAGAGCAAAUCCAGGUGGUGCAGAAUUUCAGGGAGAAGAACCGUGGUAGCAAACUGUUCAAUCACUUAUCAGCAGUCAGCGAGAGCAUCCCAGCCCUGGGCUGGGUGGCCAUGGCUCCAAAGCCUGGUCCUUAUGUGAAGGAAAUGACUGAUGCUGCCAUGUUUUAUACCAACCGGAUCCUCAAGGAGUACAAGGAUGUAGAUAAAAAGCAGGUGGACUGGGUGAAAGCUUAUCUGAGUAUCUGGACAGAGCUGCAGGCCUACAUCAAAGAGUAUCACACCACAGGGCUGACUUGGAGCAAAACAGGUCCUGUAGCAACAGAAGGGGCUAAAUCACCAUCCGCUCCCCCAGCCGGGGCUGCGCCUCCCCCACCAGGCCCUCCUCCCCCACCUGCUCCUGCCCCCACGAGCUCCAGCACAGAUGACUCUGCCUCCCGCUCUGCGCUCUUCGCCCAGAUCAAUCGGGGAGAAGGCAUCACCUCUGGCUUAAGACAUGUUUCAGAUGACAUGAAGACCCACAAGAAUCCAGCACUGAAGAACCAAGGCGGUCCUGUGAGAAGUGGACCCAAACCUUUCACUGCUCCCAAACCAGCCUGUAAUGCUAAUCCCUCCCAAAAAACUUCUCCAAAGGCGCCUGCAUUGCUAGAAUUAGAGGGCAAAAAGUGGAGAGUGGAAAACCAGGAGAAUGCCACUAACCUGGUCAUUAGUGACACAGAGUUGAAGCAGGUAGCAUAUGUUUUCAAGUGCACAAAUAGUACGCUCCAAAUCAAAGGCAAGAUCAACUCCAUCACCCUCGAUAACUGUAAGAAGCUAGGUCUGGUGUUCGAUGAUGUGGUGGGCAUCGUAGAGAUCAUAAACAGCAGGGACAUUAAAGUUCAGGUAAUGGGUAAAGUGCCAACGAUUUCCAUCAACAAGACAGACGGUUGCCACGUGUAUCUGAGCAAGAACUCCCUAGACUGUGAAAUCGUCAGUGCCAAGUCAUCGGAGAUGAACGUCCUUAUUCCCACAGAGGGUGGUGACUUUACUGAAUUCCCUGUCCCAGAACAGUUCAAGACAGUGUGGAACGGUCAGAAGUUGGUUACCACUGUGACAGAAAUUGCUGGCUAAGCAGAAAAGCUCCAAGGCUCACGCCCUCCCCUGGCCCUGCUGUGGGACAAAUCUGCUUUCAGAUGAUUCUCUUAGAUUUCUUGUACCUUUCUGCUCUCAAACUGCUUCUCUUCUACCCAGGAGACACAGCUACCUGCCACCACUGAAAUACCUCUGGCUGGGGUUUGGUGUAGGUGGCAGGUCAGUUAUUGUCCACAUCUAUUAGCAGGAAGGUGGGUUUUUUUUCUCCCCUUGUCUGAUCUAACUGCACCAAUUGAUCAAGUCAGAUUUUUGGUGAACUUCACAGCCAGUACUGGCAGUUGGCUUUGAGUGUUGUUCAGGUUUUGUUGGGGUUUUUUUGGGUUUUUUUGUAUUGCCUUUAAGCAAACUGUUCAUGUGAGAGAGGAAUGUUGUCCCCUUUUUAACAAAUAAUGGUUUAUGUUGGGAUCCCAAGUACCCAGUUGCUAUGGCAAAUGUCUCAAGAAGGUCCUGGAAGCUGCUAAUUCCAGCUCU